AUGGUUCCAGAGGCUGCAGAUGUCCCAGUCUCAUGGUUCCAGUGGCUGCAGAUGUCCCAGUCUCAUGGUUCCAGUGGCUGCAGAUGUCCCAGUCUCAUGGUUCCAGUGUCGGUGAAGCCCACACACAGACUCAUCAUCCCAGUGCGGGGCUUCGUACCGAGCAGAGGAGCCCGGAGGAGUCCCCCGUCUCACGCUGAGACGGGAAACGGAGACAGAGAGGAACACAACAGCGGCUCAGGGGAUUUGCUCAAGUUGGAGUUUCAGACGACGGCUGACGGCUCCAGACAAGUGCACGACUUUCAAGUGCUGGGAUCGACGCCCCUUCAGUCGGGCGACGAUAUCUAA